GGUGGAGGGGUCGAACACCCCGAGCCCGAGAGGUGUGUGUGUAUAAAUAUACCGGCCGCCGUCCAUCCGAUCAUCAGUCUCUUGUGUUUCGUCUUAUCACACAACAACAUCCAUCAAUACGUCCAACGACAAUGGCCGCUAAGUUGAUCAUCUUCGCCGCUUGCGUGGCUUCUGCUCUCUCCCAAUACGGCGCCCCCGCCUACAAGCCAGCCUACUCCGCCCCGGCUUACCCGGCACCCAAGGCUUACGCACCGGAACCCGAAUACGCACCAGCACCGUACAGCUUCGAAUACAGCGUAAACGACCCAAGCACCUACGACGUCAAGAGCCAAGCCGAAUACAGCGACGGCAAGACCGUCAAGGGAUACUACAGCUUGGUCGAAGCCGACGGCACCAAGAGGAUCGUCGAGUACACCGCCGACGACUACGGUUUCAACGCUGAAGUCAAGAAGGAAGGUACCCCGUCUUACAGCGCUGCCCCGGCUUACAGCAAGCCGUCUUACUCCGCUCCGUCUUACUCUGCCCCGGCAUACAAAGCCGCCUACCCCGCACCGGCCCCGGCUUACCCAGCGCCGUCCGCCUACCCGGCCCCAGCUUACUAGAUGGCCAGCCGUCAAUACAGUGCCGCCAUAGCGCGUUUACUAACGCCUUUGCUCAAACUUCACUUCUUCUUCCCUCUCUUACUCUCUCUCUCUCUCUCUCUAUCGUCUGUCUCUUCUCCUAUUUUCUGUUUACAUCCUCUGGCAUCCGACGCGUUCAUAUUGAACCGCAGUGGGAAUGUUGCUAUUUGUGUCUGCGUUGCCAUAAUUUGUAUUUUACAUAAUAUAUAUUUGUACAAAACAAAUGUAUGCAUUUACUAUAUGUAAAUAUACGAAUUUUUUGUAUUUACCGAACUGAA